AGUGGCGAGAAAUGGAGGGAAAGAGAAUGAAAUUGGAAUCACAAAAAGCAGAAAAUGCGAUUCAUCUACUCGACAAAAUCAAAGAAUUCACUCGAAGUUUACUCAUCAAUCUCACCAACGGAAACUCAUCGAUCAUUCUCAUCAAUCGAUUCAGAAAUCACUGUACUCUUUCAGAUUCCAACUGCUUCUGUGGCUCCGAUUUGCCGGUCGGAAAUGAAGUUCUAACACUUUGCAAGGAAACACGUGUUCAUAGAUUAGGUCAUUCACUCUAUCUUUUACUUUCAUCAAUGUGUGCUUGUUCUUUAAUUAUAUUAUUACUGUUCAAAUUAGGAUUUGAGAACAAACAUAGUUCAAAAAGAGACAUUUAUUACAUGCAUCCAUCUGUCUUUUUAGACCAGUCAGUUGUGGACCAUGCUAUUAAUGAUAUAUGUGUCCGGAUGCAGUGCAGUCGCCAUAACCUCAAUGUGGUUUCUGCCGGGAAUGGGUUAGUUAUGGGCUGGAUAAGAUUUGUUGAAGGAAAAAAGAUAUUUGACUGCAUCAAUUCUCCCAACACUGCCCACCCUACUCCUGUUUAUGUUGAAGAAAUUAAAGAUAUCGUAAGCAUGGCUCAUUACAUAUUAGUUGUCGAGAAAGAAUCAGUUUUCCGGAUAUUAGCAAAUGACCAUUUCUGCAAUGCAAACCAUUGCAUUGUCAUCUCCGGAAGAGGCUACCCAGAUAUUCCUACAAGAAGGUUUUUACGGCUUCUGGUUGACAAUUUGUACAUACCUGCUUAUUGCUUGGUAGAUUGUGAUCCCUAUGGCUUUGAUAUUUUAACCACUUACAGAUUUGGCUCAAUGCAAAUGGCUUAUGACACGAAACAUCUCCGUGUCCCAGAGAUACACUGGCUUGGAGCUUUUCCUUCAGAUUCUGAUAGAUACUUUGUUCCAAAGCAGUGCCUCCUUCCUUUGACUGUUGAAGACAAGAGAAAAAUUAAAGCCAUGUUGCUUAGGUGCUACCUGCAAAGGGAGGUCCCAGAAUGGAGGUUGGAGCUUAGAAUGAUGUUGCAGAAAGGAGUGAAGUUUGAAAUCGAAGCACUAUCUGUUCAUACACUUUCAUUCUUGACAGAGUCUUAUAUACCAUCCAAAAUUCAUGGUAAAGUUAAAAUAUAGCUUGUUGUACACUUGUGUUUUAAAUCCCAAAACAAGCAAUUGGGCUUGCGUUCAUUUCAUAAUGUACCAUUUGUUAUCCUUUUGCAAUGUAAGUUACUCGUCGGUUGCAGAAUGGUUUCAUUGGUAUUUUAGAGUAGCAGGAGGUAAGUAUAGGAUCUUUUGAUCAAUUUUUGUCUUACAAUUAAAGAUUCUAUAAACCAAUAUUAGCAAGGAUGUAACGAGGGAACCCGUAAGGCUGUAAUUAUGCUUUAAGCAGUAAGGAAUGUUUAAUU